AUGCAGAUUCCUGUUGUUUCUCUUGUAGCUCUGGUGAUUUUUGUUGCAAGGAGGUUAGAGUUGCUUGCUACCAUGGGGAGGGGGAAGAUCGAGAUCAAGAGGAUCGAGAACACGACGAGCCGCCAGGUGACCUUCUGCAAGCGCAGGAACGGGCUGCUCAAGAAGGCCUAUGAGCUCUCCGUCCUCUGCGAAGCCGAGAUCGCCUUGAUCGUCUUCUCCGCCCGCGGCCGCCUCUACGAGUAUGCUAGUAACAGCACGAGGACGACGAUCGACAGGUACAAGAAGGCUUCUGCAAGCGCUUCUGGCUCUGCUCCAGCUAUAGACGUCAAUUCUCAGCAAUACUUUCAGCAAGAAUCAGCGAAACUGCGCCAUCAGAUACAGUCCCUGCAAAAUGCAAACAGGAACCUGAUGGGCGAAUCCGUCGGCAACUUGACACUGAAGGAGCUCAAGAGCCUGGAGAACAGGCUCGACAAGGGCAUCGGCCGGAUCAGAGCAAAGAAGCACGAGCUGCUGUUCGCGGAGAUCGAAUACAUGCAGAAGCUGGAGGCGGAUCUGCAGAGUGAGAACAUGUAUCUCCGAGCCAAGGUGGCGGACGCGGAGCGGCUGGCCCUGGCGGCGCCGCCGCCGUCGUCGGGCGGGGCGGAGCUGGAGGUGCUCCCGACGUUCGACGCGAGGACCUACUACCACCACCAGGCAGUGAGCAUGCUGCAGGACGCGGCGGCGGCCUCCUCCUCCUCGCGCUACUCCCAGUCGUCCCAGGCGGCGGCGGCGGCGGCGACCACCGCUCUUCACCUCGGCUACCAGAUUAAGGGGGGCCAACUGAACUGA